AUGUCUAAUCACCCUUUCCGUGAAGAAAUUCCUUCUGAUGUCCAGCCUAGCGGGCUCCCGGGCUGCGGAUCUCCCGCGCAGGCGGCAGCAGCGGCCCCUCAGGCAACGCACGCGCCGGCGCCUCUGACGCCGCCACCCGCCUUCCGCGGCAGCCAAUGGCAGGGGCGGGUGUGGCACCGCCCUGGGCAGCGGGGCCAAUGGCAGCGGGCAGGGGGCGGGGCGCCGCCGGCUAUAGGCGGGGGGGGGGACGGCGGGGAAGGUGACGGGGGCGCCAGCGGGAACAUGGCGGCGGCAGCGGGGGCGAUGCUGUGCGGGCGGCGGCCAGCCGCGGGGCUGCUGCGGCUGGGCGGUGGGAUACUGCUGCCCACAGAGCCUGAGUGCCCGGCAGCGCUGCUGGCACUGUUAGAUGCAGGUGCUGGCUGUGCCUGCAUUGCCCGGGGCGAUGGCCUCUGGCGCGGCGGCAGGGAGCUGUGCUGGGAGGAAAAGGAGGGCAGGUGGAUCGCGCCCGAAUUGCCAUAUGCACAGCUGAAGGUUGCAUUUUACCCAGCUGUAGAAGUUCUGAAAUAUCCAAGCCGUGGCUAUGCAUCACAGCGUACUAUAAAUGAGGUGGUGAUAGCAAGUGCCGUAAGGACACCUAUUGGAUCUUUCCAAGGAUCACUUUCAUCACUGCCAGCCAAUAAACUUGGUUCUAUUGCAAUUAAGGGAGCAAUUGACAGAGCAGGAAUCCCUGCAGAAGAAGUGAAAGAGGCCUAUAUGGGCAAUGUCCUGCAGGCUGGACAAGGACAAGCUCCAGCAAGACAAGCAGUCUUGGGUGCAGGUCUUCCAAUUGCCACUCCUACCACAACUGUCAAUAAAGUCUGUGCUUCAGGAAUGAAAUCAAUCAUGAUGGCAGCACAAAGCCUGAUGUGUGGGAGUCAGGAUGUUAUGGUUGCUGGUGGAAUGGAGAGCAUGUCUAAUGUUCCCUACACGAUGAGCAGAGGGGCAACACCUUACGGAGGAGUAAAGCUGGAAGACCUGAUAGUAAAAGAUGGGCUGACAGAUGCUUAUAACCAUAUCCAUAUGGGCAACUGUGCUGAGAACACUGCAAAGAAGUUCACUAUUUCCAGAGAGGAGCAGGACACUUAUGCCAUAGGCUCCUACACCAAGAGCAAAACAGCCUGGGACUCAGGAGUACUGAAAAAUGAAAUAGUUCCUGUCACUAUUUCAAAAAAAGGGAAGCCAGAUACAGAAGUGAAAGAAGAUGAAGAAUACAAACGUGUUGAUUUCAGUAAAGUUCCAAAGCUGAAAGCUGUUUUCCAAAAAGAAAAUGGAACAGUUACAGCUGCUAAUGCCAGUACUCUGAAUGAUGGAGCAGCUGCUUUGGUGCUGAUGACUACAGAGGCAGCUAAGAGACUGAAAGUCAAACCCUUGGCACGGAUAGUAGCUUUUGCAGAUGCUGCUGUUGAUCCUAUUGACUUUCCAAUUGCACCUGCAUAUGCUGUUCCCAAGAUUCUAAGUGAGACAGGUCUGAAAAAAGAAGAUAUUGCAAUGUGGGAAAUAAAUGAAGCAUUCAGUGUUGUGGUGCUGGCCAAUAUUAAAAUGCUGGGCAUUGAUCCACAGAAAGUAAAUAUUAAUGGAGGUGCUGUCUCUCUUGGACAUCCAAUAGGAAUGUCUGGAGCAAGAAUUGUUGUUCACAUGGCCCAUGCUUUGAAACCAGGACAAUAUGGUCUUGCAGGAAUCUGCAAUGGAGGAGGAGGUGCUUCUGCAAUACUGAUACAGAAGCUGUAGCCUGGGUAGCAUCAGGAACACAGCCUUAAAUGCUCUCUGAUCAAAACUGAGUGGUAGCUGUUACAUCUUAUUUAUCAAUCAGUGGCUGAAUUCUGUAACUCCUAUUCUAAAAUUUCCUAAAGCAUCAGUGAUUACAGAUCCGGACAACUGGCCUUUUAUUGCUUUAUCAGUGCAAGUUUUUAUACAAAUAAACAAUGUCAAAUUUUAAUUCUGGCUUGAAACCUGACAAUAAAGAAUGUUAAAUAUGG